AUGGCGCUGUUAAAGACAAUAUUCUCGGAAACAUAUUGGAUGCAGCUCGACGAAUGUGUAAGCGAGCGCGCGACGACCGAGGCGUUUUUGGAUAAUCCCCAGAAAAGUAUGGUGGUAUCAACUCUGCUGGUACGGUUUUCUCUUUGUAAACUGGGUGCACAUGCUGAAGGUUCUGCUAAAAAUGAAACACUGUCUAUUUUGGGGAUGAAGUCAAAUGUUACAACUUGCUACACAAGUGUCGCCGACGCGAUGCUGGCGACCAUAGACUUGGACAUGCUGCUGUACAACAAGAUGAUAUUUGACUACAGGAUUAACGUUAGUGCGCCAUUUUUAAAUAGCACCACAAACUUUGGUGUUACAGUGGACCAAACUUCGUUUAAAUAUCCGAAACUGGCGGUUUCGUUUGUGAAUCAAUGGAUCGACAAAUCAUCAAUUAGACGAAUAUCCGAUGUGUUAGACGUAGACGAUAUUGACAACAAAACAUCAUUUCUUAUAGUUAGUGCAACAUAUUUGAAGGUAACAUGGGAGUUUCCAUUUGACAUUCGUUUAACGAAGAACAUGAAGUUUCAUCACCAUGACGGCAACAUCUCCAUCGUGCCCAUGAUGAAGAGAACCGUGACGUGUCUUUACCUAGAAGACCCCAUUACAGUUAUUUUUCUGUGUUAUGUUUCCAUCUAUCUCAUUUUACAAAUUCUUAACAUUUUGGACCCCAACACAUGUUUUUUCUUCUUCAUUAAUUUUCAUUCACAGUUUGUAAACCUCAAGUUGGCAGCCUUUGGUAUGUCAUUAACGAUUGCAGUACCAAGUACACCAAGACAUCUAGUAGAACUAAUACAACAACUAUCUCCUCAAACACUUCAAGGAGUGUACAAUAGAAUGGAAUAUGAAAACGUAGACGUGAUGCUGCCAAGAUUCAAGAUCAAAUCUGGUGUAGAUUGGAACAAGUAUCUUAAAAAGAUUGGUUUACACACAGCUUUCAAUGAGACAAAUUCAGGACUUAACGGAAUAUUGACACAAAACAGUCAAAUAAAGAAUAUCUAUUUGAGCAAAGUGAAACAGAAGUGUGUGAUUGAUGUUGAUGAAAUGGGGAUAUACAGACAUAAAGUGGAUGAUCGUAAUUCUUUCAAUGAUCCACAUCAGUUAAGAGACAACUAUGGACCGAUAGUGAAGGUGGAUCAUCCAUUCCUCUUCUUUGUGAACCUGCAGAAGGAUCCCAGCAAUCGUCUAGACAUGAAUGAGUUGAUCACUGGGGUCUAUUAUGGUCCCGAUUAUUAACAGCCGUAGAGGUAUUAUUUAGGUUAGUGAUGCACCUAUA